ACUAUGCUGAGUGUGAAAGCUUCUGUGCUUCUAAGUGUUUGCUGCAUAGCUAGUGCUCAGUUGUAUGAAUUGAAUAUAGUGCAUUAUAACGAUUUCCAUGCUAGAUUUGUAGAAACAAGUCUAUCUGCAUCAGCAUGCAACCCACAAGUUGCCCCUUGCAUAGGCGGAUUCGCCCGUACCGCUACUCUUAUUAGACAGGCUUUAGAAAGAGAACCAGAUUCCAUAGUGUUGAAUGGUGGUGACAGUUUUCAAGGCACUAUAUGGUACAACCUGCUUAAAUGGAAUGUCACCCAGGAGUUUAUGAAUAUGAUACCCCAUGAUGCUCACGUACUAGGAAAUCAUGAGUUUGAUAAUGGUAUAGAAGGUGUUGUACCAUACCUUCGACACCUAAAUUCUACAGUAGUUGUUGCUAAUAUAAUCGAUGAUGAAGAACCAGAUAUCCAAGGCUUGUAUCAACCAAGUGUCGUAGUAGAGAGGAAGGGUCGCAAGAUUGGUAUUAUUGGAGUCAUUAUAUCUACUACAAAUGAAUUGGCAUCUAUUGGGAAUCUGUCUUUUACUGAUGAAAUAGAGGCGGCCAGAAGGGAAGCUGAAAAAUUGCAUGAAGAGGGCGUGGACAUAAUCGUCGUUCUAUCUCACUGUGGACUUGAAAAAGACCAAGAAAUCGCACUGAAAGCCAGUCCGUACAUAGACAUAGUAGUUGGAGCACAUAGUCACUCAUUGCUAAUAAAUACGGAGCCACCAGCGGGUAUUCCGUUUGUACCUCAGGGACCCUACCCAAUUGUGGUUGAACAAGAGAAUAGAUCUGUGCUCGUAGUCCAAGCUGCAGCCCGUACGGCGUUUGUAGGAGAAAUCAAGCUUUACUUCAACGAGCAAGGGGAUCUUGUGAAUUGGAGUGGCGAACCUCAUUUUGCAGGCAAUGACGUUGAGCAAGCACCCGACGUAUUGGCAAAGAUCAAUGAAUAUCUUCCAAUCAUAAACGAGAAAGCCUCAGAGUUUGUGGGCACUUCUAAAGUGCAACUAUCUUCAAGCUGCUCCUGCGCCGAAUGUAACCUUGGGAGUUUCAUAUGCGAUGCAUUUAUGAAUGCUGCAAUAGAAAAAGCGCAGGGAAAUCAAUGGAAUUACGCACAUUUGUGCUUAAUUAACACGGGAGGCGUGAGAGUUGACAUCGACGCAGGAAAUAUAACAUUUGAAAAACUACUAUCAACCACACCAUUUGAAAAAAGAGUGGAAGUAUUUGACUUAAAAGGACAGCAUGUGCUGGAAGCUUUGGAGUUCGCUGUGGCAAACGAUCCUUCACCAGGCGCAAGGAUGUUACAAAUAUCUGGGCUACGAGUAGUAUUUGAUGGUCUACGGCCGGUGAACAGUAGGAUCAUUAACGCGACCGUCCGGUGCAAUGACUGCGAUGUACCUCGGUAUGAGCCUUUAGACGUCUACAAGACAUACAAGGUCGUCACACAAAGUUUUAUUGGUGAAGGCGGCGAUGGGUUCUGGAUGAUAGCCAAUAACCGUAAAAACGUGGAGAUUCUUGGACUGGACUACGAAGUGCUAAUGGAUUAUGUGCGGCAACAGUCUCCAAUCGUCAAGGACCUGGAUGGACGGAUCGUGAUCUCAAAUCCUUGUUUACAAAAUUAG